UGACUUGGGCGGCCUGAUGGAUCUGGAAACCCUCUAUGAGGGCGUCGAACGCAGCAUUAACCAGAGCCGACGAACCCGCAGACAGUCCCCGGAGCGAGCCUACAACAUCGAGGUCUUGCUGGGGGUGGAUGACUCUGUGGUGCAGUUUCACGGGCAGCAACAUGUGGAGAAGUACCUCCUUACCCUUAUGAACAUCGUGAAUGAGAUCUAUCACGACCAUUCUCUCGGGGCACGAAUAAAUGUGGUGCUAGUUCGGAUUGUUUUGGUGGAUGCCAAAAAAUCCUCAAGUCUCAUUGAACUGGGCAACCCUUCUCAGAGUUUGGAGAACGUGUGUCGCUGGGCUUUCGAACAGCAGAGGAAGGACACCAAUGACAAAGAAUACCACGAUCACGCCAUCUUUCUUACUCGCCAAGAGUUUGGGCCUACGGGAAUGCAGGGUUACGCUCCUGUCACAGGCAUGUGUCAUCCCGUACGGAGCUGCACUCUCAAUCACGAAGAUGGUUUCUCAUCAGCUUUCGUGGUGGCGCAUGAAACCGGCCACGUGUUGGGUAUGGAGCAUGAUGGACAGGGAAAUCGUUGUGGAGAUGAGGUGCAAAUGGGGAGCAUCAUGGCCCCGUUGGUGCAGGCUGCUUUCCACCGAUUUCACUGGUCCCGCUGUAGUCAACAGGAACUGGGACGCUACCUACAUUCAUAUGAUUGUCUUCGUGACGACCCGUUUGAGCACACAUGGGAGGAGCUUCCCCAGCUGCCCGGACUACAUUAUUCCAUGAACGAACAGUGUCGCUUUGAUUUCGGGGCCGGAUACAUGAUGUGCACAGCGCUGCAAAAGGUGGGGCCGUCCGGAGCCCAGUAUCGCACCUUUGACCCCUGUAAGCAGCUUUGGUGUGCUCACUCGGACAACCCCUUCUUCUGCAAGACCAAAAAAGGGCCACCCAUUGAUGGCACUACAUGUGGAGAUGGGAAGCACUGUUUUAAAGGGCACUGUGUGUGGCUGACUCCAGACAUCAUUAAACAGGACGGAAGCUGGGGCGUGUGGAGUGAGUUUGGCGCCUGCUCUCGCCCCUGUGGACGGGGAGUGCAGUUUCGCACACGAGAUUGUAAUAAUCCACGUCCAGCAAACGGUGGGCGCUCUUGCUCCGGGCCGGGUUAUCAGUUCCAGAUGUGUAACACUCACGGGUGUGAAGAGCCAUACCACGACUUCAGAGCCGAGCAAUGUAGCAUGAUGGACAACAAGUUUGAAUACCAGAACACCUGGCACCACUGGCUGCCUUAUGAACACCCUGACCCUAAGCAACGCUGCAAAUUGUACUGUCAAUCCAAGGACACGCGAGCUGUAGUCAACAUGCAAACUCUCGUGGAACAUGGAACGCAGUGCUCCUACAAAGAUCCCUACAGCGUGUGUGUGCACGGAGACUGUGAGAAAGUGGGCUGUGAUAAUGUGGUUGGAUCAACCCUACAGGAAGAUAAGUGUGGGGUUUGUGGAGGAGACGGCACCAAAUGCAAAACACACAAGUUUAACUUCACCUUUGGGGAGAAAAAAGAUCUCAUUAAAGUGCUGGAGGUUCCCAGAGGGGCGAGACAUCUCCUCAUUCAGGAGCUCAAUGGCACUGCUCAUAUUUUAGCUGUCAAGAAUAAAUCGCCAGGUGACUUCUUUCUCAACUCACACGGUGACUUCCCAGAGACGCGCUCGGUUAUAGAGAAAGGUCUUGAAUGGGAGUACGAAAACAAAAACGGCAAGGAUGCCAUUCAGACAAACGGACCUUUGAAAAAUGAUGUGGUUGUCAUGAUCCGAAUGUAUGGGUCGGCCAAGGUCAAGGUGUCGAUCAAAUACAUCACUGACAGCGAGAGAUUGAGCGACAGUGGCAAUGAAAACAACAUGGUCCCGGAUAAUGCUGUGCCGUAUUCCUGGGUGGUGAAGAGAUGGACUCCCUGUUCAAAAACCUGUGGAGGAGGCAGUCAGACGACGCGGUACGGCUGUCGUAAGAACGCUGACAUGAGGAUGGUCCAUCGGCGCUACUGUGAGAAAAUUCGACAGCCUCCUUCUCUGAAUCGAGACUGUUACCUGAGAGAGUGUGCUCAGCCCAUCUGGGUGGCCGGCGAGUGGGGUGAAUGCAGUAAAUCUUGUGGGAAGACGGGCACUCAGACACGCUCCGUUCGCUGUGUGCAACCUCUGGGCGAUGGCAAGUUUAAAUCCAUCCGCAGUCGUUACUGUAACGAUGAGCGCCCGGAGUCCCGCAGAGACUGCAAUCGCAACCUGUGUCCGGCUGAAUGGAGACUGGGACCCUGGUCGCAGUGCUCGGUCACGUGCGGUAACGGGACUCAGGAGAGGCAGGUGCUUUGCCACACCCGUGACAACACCAUUGGACUCUGUCUGGACUCUAAACCAGCGGCAUUUAGACCCUGCAGAAUGGAUCCCUGCCCAAGACAGCGUUGCCAUGGCGACCGUUCUGCGUUCUGCCGCAAGGAGGCGCUGCAGCAGCACUGCUCCCUGCCAAGCUUUCAACGCUUGUGCUGCGAGUCCUGCAGAUCCGGCAAUUCCACAAAGACCUCUGCCACCACAAGUAAGCCACGGCUCGCAUCUGCAAAACCCAGCAAGAAAAAAUCUGCUUCCACCACAACCCACGCUCCCGCACGCACAACUCUUCAUAAUCACCCCUGGACCUCUACAGAUACCUAUUCGACAUCAACAGUGGGAAGCGGUGCUACUUUAGCAGGCGUGCCUUGGUUUUUAACAUCAGUGACGAUGGCAACACGUACGCUUGGAAACACCGCUGCUCCUAAUCGGCAGUCUACAACAACUCCCAUACAAAUACACGUUACCGGAGAUUUCGUGUCAGAACAGAAUACAACCUUUCUCAUUCCCACAGCAAGUCCCGUCGUCACCCCUGCAUCUAGAAAUGACAUGACAGAAAGCACCAAAUUACCUGAUGCCAACAAGGCUGAAGAGUUUUAUGUGAGGCAACGUGUGGAUGAUGGUGCAGUGUUGUGGUCAGCCUCAACCAACGCUGCUAAUGUUGAGGGAUUAAGCAUCGUUCCUGUGACGCUUACUGCGAAUGUGCUAACUACCACUGCAGAACCCACGCUGAUGCAAGCAACGUUUGCUGAUUCUGGUACAACGCUGGCAAGCAUGACAACAUCCAGCACAACAACAUCUUUAACAACAACAUCUGUGACGACAGUGGCGGCGAAGACGAGCGGACGCCCGAACAAAGUGGAUGAAACGAGCGAGAGCAAUGCUAUUGAUAUACCCGAUCAAACCAUCCCUUUGGACCACGAGUUUCCUCAGAAUAACAUCAUUCCCAGGAGAGGACGUGUGUUUCUGCGUGAGCGAACACGAAAUAAACGCAUCCAAGAGCUUCUUGAGGAGAAGCGAAACUUUUUGAGACGGAUGAAAAGGGCGCAGGGCGUUUGAACCCUGACCGGUUUCUCUUAUAGAGAUGCAACAAGCUAUUCGAUCCAUUUUGCUAACUUUUGCUAAACGUAGCUACUGAAUUAGACCACCCUAUCCCUCUAAGUACGCCGUCUCAUCAAGAGUCCGCUCUCCAAUCCGAUGUCAUCAUACUCAGAUGUGUUAAAAGAGCGCUGGAGCCGCUACUUGAGUCUAGGGCUGUCACAGGGACAGAUGUGAUUUCUCAGGACACCUUUAUCAGUGAUAUCUGUCAGGUAGGACGUGCUGGAACAAAACCACUGGCAAAUGUUUGCACAGUUGCUUUCACCCUCAAUGGCAUUCCUGCAGGAGGUUUUACUGAAGCAAUGUCCAAGAAAGAGAGCGGCUUAUCAUUUGCGCAAAUCUAUCCUUCUCAAUGUCUUUCCUCCUCAUAUGAUACCGUAUGCUUCAUGACAGAUUGAUACAAUAGGCACAUACAGAUUUUUCCUCAAAUACCUUUCAAACAGGGUAUUUACAUGUUUUCAUAGGUUUAGUGUUUUAUUCAGUUGUCGCCAUCCACAUGUGGCCUCUGUAUGUUUCUGCUGCAGUUUUGAGCUAAAUAAAAUCUCUUUGAUAAAACUAAAAGUCAAACAUUGAAUGUGCACAGCAACCCCCCCCCCCCCUUCUCCCCCAGUGUCAAAUGAACACUCCUAAUCCCUAAUCGCACGAUAUUAGUAUGAUCUGGUGACCUGUUGUCAUUUGUAAUAAUUGCGGAGGUUGUCUGUGAUCUCGUACGAAUCGACCAUCAUCUAAAGAGUAAAAACUCCCCUGCAACUGACCUGAGGAAACCACUGAGGUCCUGUGACAAUAGUCCUGUGUGAAUCGCCAUCUCUGUUAUUUGGCCAGGCUUUAGCAGGGUCGUACUGUAUAUCAUUUUUGAUACUUAACUGCCUUUUAAAGGAAUAUUCCAUUAUCUUAAAAGAAAAAUCCAGAUAAUUUACUCACCACAAUGUCAUCCAAAAUGUUGAUGUCUUUCUUUGUUCAGUCGAGAUGAAAUUAUGUUUUUUGAGGAAAACAUUGCAGGAUUUUUCUCAUUUUAAUGGACUUUAAUAGACACCAACAAUUAACACUUAAUUCAACACUUAACAGUUUUUUUCAACGGAGU